AUGUCGGGGACAGUGGCUGACAUUUCGCUGGUGCACUGGAAGCAGCAGUGGCUGGAGAACGGCACCCUGUACUUCCAUGUCUCCAUGAGCAGUGCCGAGCAGCUGUCCCGGGCCACCCCCCCCAGCCUCCAGGAGCCUUCGGAGAUAGUGGAGGAGCAGAUGCACAUUCUUCACAUCGCGGUCAUGGGAGGGCUGAUCGCGCUGCUCCUGCUUCUCUUGGUCUUCACGGUGGCUCUGUACGCCCAGCGGCGCUGGCACAAGCGUCGCCGCAUCCCGCAGAAGAGUGCCAGCACGGAGGCCACCCACGAGAUCCACUACAUCCCCUCAGUGCUGCUGGGUCCCCAGGCCCGCGAGAGCUUCCGCAACUCCCGCCUCCAGGCCCACAACUCGGUCAUCGGGGUGCCCAUCCGCGAGACCCCCAUCCUGGAUGACUACGAGGACGAGGAGGAGGAGGAGACGCCACGGCGGGCAGAGCCCAGCACCAGGGAGGAUGAGUUUGGCAGCCAGGAGGGGGUGAGAUUGAGAUCAAAGCGUUGUGCCAAACCUCGGGGUGGGAUCGGGUUUGGACGUGCCAAGGGAAACUCUGGCUCGGAAGCAGACGAUGAAACCCAGCUGACCUUCUACACCGAGCAGUAUCGGAGCCGGAGACGAAGCAAAGGUUCGAUGAAGAGCCCCGUCAACAAGACGGCGCUGACCCUGAUUGCCGUCAGCUCCUGCGUCCUGGCCGUGGUGUGCGGCUCCCAGCUCUCCUGCCCGCUGACCGUCAAGGUGACGCUUCACGUACCUGAGCACUUCAUCGCGGACGGCAGCAGCUUUGUUGUGAGCGAGGGGAGCUACUUGGACAUCUCCGACUGGCUUAAUCCAGCCAAGCUGUCCCUGUACUAUCAGAUCAAUGCCACGUCCCCCUGGGUGAGAGACCUCUGUGGACAGAGGACCACUGAUGCCUGUGAACAACUGUGUGACCAAGAAACAGGAGAGUGCAGCUGCCACGAAGGCUACGCCCCGGACCCUGUCCAUCGCCACUUGUGUGUGCGCAGCGACUGGGGACACAGCGAAGGGCCGUGGCCCUAUACGACGCUCGAGCGGGGAUACGACUUGGUCACAGGAGAGCAGGCGCCGGAGAAGAUACUCAGGUCCACCUAUAGUCUGGGUCAAGGCCUGUGGCUGCCUGUCAGUAAGAGCUUCGUGGUCCCCCCUGUGGAGCUUUCCAUCAAUCCUCUCGCCAGCUGCAAGACAGAUGUUCUGGUGACGGAAGAUCCAGCAGAUGUCAGGGAAGAAGCGAUGCUGUCCACGUACUUUGAAACCAUCAAUGACUUGCUCUCCUCCUUCGGGCCGGUCCGAGACUGCUCCCGAGGUGGCUGUCCCCGCAACUUCAAGUGCGUUUCGGAUCGCAAGGUGGACUCGACGGGCUGCGUGUGCCCCGAGGACCUCCGACCCAUGAAGGAUGGCACCGGUUGCUACGACUACUCCAAAGGGAUCGACUGCUCGGAUGGCUUCAACGGCGGCUGCGAGCAGCUCUGUCUCCAGCAGACCCUCCCUCUGCCCCCCGACCCCUCGUCCAGCCCCAUCUUCAUGUUCUGCGGGUGCGUGGAGGAGUACAAGCUGGCCCCUGACGGGAAGUCCUGCCUGAUGCUGUCUGACAUCUGUGAGGGCCCCAAGUGCCUCAAGUCGGACGCCAAGUUCAACGACACGCUCUUCGGAGAGAUGCUGCACGGCUAUAACAACAGGAGCCAGCACGUCAACCAAGGGCAGGUGUUCCAGAUGACUUUCAGGGAGAAUAAUUUCAUCAAGGACUUCCCGCAGCUGGCCGACGGCCUCCUGGUGAUCCCGCUGCCCGUGGAGGAGCAGUGCCGCGGCGUCCUCUCGGAGCCCCUGCCCGACCUCCAGCUCCUCACCGGAGACAUCAAGUACGACGAGGCGAUGGGCUACCCCAUGGUGCAGCACUGGCGGGUCAGGAGCAACCUCUACCGGGUGAAGCUCAGUUCCAUCACCCUGUCUGCAGGCUUUGCGAACAUCCUGAAGAUCCUGACGAAGGACAGCAGCCGGGAGGAGCUGCUCUCCUUCAUCCAGCAGUUUGGCUCUCACUACAUCGCAGAGGCACUGUACGGCUCCGAGUUCAGCUGCACCAUCCACUUCCCCAGCAAGAAGGUCCAGCAGCAGCUCUGGCUCCAGUACCAGAAAGAAACAACUGAGCUUGGAAACAAGAAGGAGCUGAAAUCCAUGCCCUUCAUCACCUAUCUCUCGGGCCUGCUAACGGCACAGAUGCUGUCUGAUGACCACCUCAUCUCAGGUGUGGAGAUUCACUGCGAGGAGAAAGGGCGCUGCCCAUCCACUUGCCAUUUGUGCCGGCGCCCUGGUAAGGAGCAACUCAGCCCUACACCGGUUCUGCUGGAGAUCAACCGAGUGGUGCCUCUGUACGCUCUGAUCCAGGACAACGAUACCAGGGAGGCUUUCAAGGGAGCCCUGAUGAGCUCAUACUGGUGCUCGGGGAAAGGCGAUGUUAUCGAAGACUGGUGCAGGUGUGACCUCAACGCCUUCGACGAGAACGGACUCCCGAACUGCAGCCCUCUCCCUCCACCUGUCCUGCGGCUCUCGCCAAACGUGGAGCCCUCCAGCACCGUGGUCUCUCUGGAGUGGCUGGACGUGCAGCCUGCCAUUGGGACGAAGGUGUCCGACUACGUCCUGCAGCACAAGAAGGUGGAUGAGUACACGGACACAGACCUCUACACAGGAGAAUCCUUGAGCUUUGCGGAUGAUUUGCUUUCUGGCCUUGCAACGUCCUGCGUGGCAGCGGGUAGGAGCCACGGCGACGUCCCUGAAACCAGCCUCUAUUCAGUCAUCUUCAAGUGCCUGGAACCAGACGGUCUGUACAAGUUUACCCUCUACGCGGUGGAUACGCGAGGGAGACACUCAGAGCUGAGCACGGUCACCCUGAGGACAGCCUGCCCGCUGGUAGACGACAGCAAGGCAGAAGAGAUAGCUGACAAAAUCUACAACCUCUACAACGGCUAACCCAGUGGGAAGGAGCAGCAGACGGCCUAUAACACGCUGAUGGAGGUCUCCGCUUCAUUCCGAGUCCAGCACCACUACAACUCCCACUAUGAGAAGUUUGGAGACUUUGUCUGGCGCAGUGAGGAUGAGCUGGGGCCCAGGAAGGCGCACCUGAUCCUGCGGAGACUGGAGAAGGUCAGCAGCCACUGCUCGACCCUGCUACGCAGUGCCUACAUCCAGAGCCGCACCGAGACCAUGCCCUACUUGUUCUGCCGCAGCGAAGAAGUCCGGCCGCCCGGCAUGGUCUGGUACAGCAUCCUAAAGGACACCAAAGUAACGUGCGAGGAGAAGAUGGUCUCCAUGCUGCGCAACACGUACGGGGAGUCCAAGGGGCGGUGA